AUGUCCUCAGGAAAGAAAAUUGACUAUUCUCAGACUCACUUUGCGGAAAUUAGUUCCUCGGGUAGUGGUAAUGUGGGUAGCUAUAUUAACUCGCAGCCCUUGGAGGUCGGUGUGAUGCAGGCUAGCUAUUCUAAAUCGUACCCGAUAAAGGAAAAUCCGCAUAAAUUCUACGGAGACAUG